AUCGACCUCAAGAAAAGUCCCUGGAGCAUCAACACCACAAGCUUCUCCAUUCACGAUAGCUGAGAUGAACACUCUACGAUUAUCAGCAACUCGAGGAGCUCGAUGUAUCCGCCGCAGUACAUUCUCUUCAUUACGGGCUUCAUCGUACCUCCCAAAACAAACAACUCUUCGGCCACAAUUACAAUCUUCACUCCGCACUGGGACCUUCUCUAAACACGUAGCUAGAAGACAAUACUCUACCAAAUCCUCAGCUGAUUCCCUAAUCGAAGACAUUCAAGAACAAUAUGCGACCGCGAGAGACGAAUUCGAGAUCGCCGCUGAGGAAACGGAGAAGAAAUCUGUGUAUGCAGCUGACGACCGAGCUGCUGCGAGAGAAGAAUUGGAUAAGUUGAAGAGCAUGUAUGAGGAGGCUCUGCGUGGAGCGGAUGGAGAGGAGAUCAAGAGCAGAGUGGGACAGAGGAUAAGAGAAUUAGACAGUGCUGUUCAAGCCAUGGAGAAGAGUGCUAUGGAGGAUUGAUCAAGGGAAAAGAGAUUAAAGCACAAAUUCUCUAGGAGGAUCGGUACGUCAAAAUAUGGGUUGCUGCGAAAGAUAGUCUACAGGUAUUGCAUUGGGAGGCGUUUGAGUAUUGGAAUAGUACAAGGGAGACGCUCACAUAAAGUCUGUAAGAUCGGACAUGUAUGAUUGAAAAGGUUGUAUUGAGAACAUAUGUAGACGGGUAUCAGAAAAUACAAGCUGAAGAGCAUGUGCUCGGUCGCGCUGAUUGCUGCAACCAAGGGGUAUUCCAUCCAUCGACAAACGAGAACGCCAUGCGGUAAUGGAGCCUCCCAAACGCCAAGCUCCAAAAUUGAUCGUCAAAUA